CGCCCAUCAGAGUAGGGUAACGGCAGUGCGAGGCGCACGGCGCACAGCGUGGACUUGGAGAUGUCUUGGCAGCAUUACGCACGACGCCUCGAGAAACGCUUCAGCCUUCCUCAGACGUGCAGGACACUGUGAAGCCGAACUGGAACGACUUUCAACUUUAUUCGGUUUGGAAACCGCUUCUUUUUCUCUUUAAGACGUUUUUUUUCUUCUCAUCUUUGUCCUCUCGGGUCUCCACUUCACAGCAGCAGCAGCAGCAGCAGCAGCGGAUGACUUCUCUUAUCCUCGGGUCAUUGUGACUAUUAGAGGAAUGGAAACGAUGUAAACAGCUCGGGGAGGGGAAACAAACUCUGUAGAGCAACAGUGUGUGUUUUUCCAAAAAGGAAAAGAGCGAGAUCACAGAAAGAGAAAGUAUGAUCCCACCGGCCAACAUGAUUCAGGACGAAAGUGGGGGCAAAGAGGACGAACGGGACCAGAAUGAGACACCCAAAUCCCCGACAGCGAACGCCAGCCAGCAGGAAACCAAGAAUACUGUGAGGCCUGAACAUCACAAGCGCAAGCUGCAAAGACUCAAACGUUCGCUGUCCUUCAAGACCAAGAGCAUCCGCAGCAAGAGUGCCGACAACUUCUUCCGAACGAGCAACGAAAACAAGACGGAGCUGCUUUCUGAUGUGAGCAGCAGCACGGGCCAUCUCUGCAACAUCGGGAUGGCCCCGCCACACACCACCAACCUGCCCAUCCCUCCGGUGCCUCCGGCCAUCCCCUGCGCUCCUCCUCCUACUUCCCGCUCGCAGUCGCGCAACCCGCUGCAGGUGGACUCGGCUGGACACUGCUUCAUGGAGCACAUCUUCAAGAAGCCCACGUUCUGUGAUGUCUGCAACCACAUGAUUGUAGGUACAACAGCCAAACACGUGGUGUUCCUGGCAGGAAACACAGCGAAGCAUGGCCUCCGCUGCAAAGCCUGCAAGAUGAGCCUCCACCACAAAUGCGAGAACGGAGUCGGGCAGCAGCGCUGUAUGGGAAAACUGCCAAAAGGCUUUCGGCGAUACUACAGCUCUCCAUUGCUGAUCCAGGAACAGUAUGGCUGCAUCAAAGAAGUCAUGCCCAUCGCCUGUGGUAAUAAGGUGGAUCCUGUGUAUGAAGCCCUGAGGUUUGGGACGUCGCUGGCACAAAAGGCCAAGAGGGCCAGUGGGUCCGAGUCUCCACACAGAAACUCGACCAGCGACUUGGACAAGGUUCCAGAGGAAGUUGUGGCUCACAGCAGUAGGCAGGAGUUGUCGAGAAAGCACAGCGAUGAUGUUUUUACAGUCAUUGAGAACGGAACAGAGCUUUACCACCAACCGGAGAGAAAACCUGAUGAUUUGCAGCUGGAGCAGAGCCAGCUCGAGAAAGACGUCCUAAAGCUCAACACCUAUGUGGCCUUGUAUGGCUUCGCAGCCCAAGAGAGCCACGACUUGGAGAUAAGAGCAGGAGACAGGAUCUUAUUGGCUGACGACUCCAAUGACGACUGGUGGAAGGGGGUAAUUGAGGACAGGAUCGGUUUCUUCCCAGCAGCCUUUGCUCAUCAGCUGCGAGCUGGAGAUCAAGUGUUCAGGUGUACCAGGACGUUCAUCGGCUGCAAGGAACAAGGCCAGAUCACCCUGAAGGAAGGACAGAUCUGUGUGAGCAGUGAGGGCGAACGAAGCGGCUUCAUCAGAGUGGCGAGUGGAAAGAAGAGAGGCUUCGUGCCCUGCGACGUUCUGGAAAUCAUAUGAGACUUGUGCUCAGAGAAAAAUGAAGACAGAGAGUAAGCGGGGGAGGCAGGAUCAGCCACCUGGAGGUCAAAGGAGGAGGAAUCGACGACAUGUGAGGGAGUUGACCUCUUCAGAAAGUGGAGUUUGAACUUGAACAAGUGGUGCUGGUUUUACCACCGAAGACUCCACUUUUGUUGCAGGUCUCCCUGUUCGUACAGAGAGGGAUGACAAACUGAUUAUUGUUUGCACGGAGACAGGAGAUCACUGUGUGACUGGAUUUGAUUUAAUUUAUAGAGUCUGUAUUUGUUUUAUAAAAAUUUCCCCUUAGUUUUACUCAGCAACAAGCCGUUUAUUUUUGAAAGUGGGGCUGCUAAGUGACGGCUUAAGCCUGAAAUAACUGCUUGCUAGGAUGUUUAUUUUUCAAGGCUGCACUACAUAAAUGGAGUUCUUCCAUUAAAUAGUGUAGUUUCUCAUGCUUUUAUAUUGUAUUCCAAGGAAAAGUUGAGCUAAUGCAAAGUAGUCAAAAGGAGUUUCUUAUUUUAGAAUGUAAAUUCCCUAAAAUCAGACAGUGAUGGAGAAUUGAUUCAAAUAUAGAAUCAUAUAGAAUAAAACAAAAAGAGCUUUCAAGCCUUUAAUUGCCCCUGAACAUCUAAUCUAUCAAAAAACUUCAUGUAUAAUCUCGAGUGUACGAUUGAACUCCCAUGACAGACUGAAAAAAGGUUUCCGUAUGUUCGUCUUAGAACUGGUGAGAAACGGCAAAGCACAUCAAGAGCAAGAAAGAGACAUGAGGGAGAAUUCUCAGAGGAGAAAGACACAAUCAAAGGCUUUUUAAAAUCCUCAUUGGCCUCCAAAUAUAUCCUCAAACUCCCAAGGUUCACUGUCUUUUCCCUCAUGAUGAAGAUAAUAUACAGCAGUUUGAUAUCAACACUAAAGUCAGUGCUACAUGCAUAGAAAUUGAAUUAUCUCUCAAGCUGUGUCUUUAAAAGUUUAUUUUUUCAUUAAUUCAUUCAUUAAUUGCUUUAAUUUUACCUGUUUUGUAUUAUUCUUUCCUCAGAAAUAGACGGUACAACUACAAUAUAACCAGAGCAGAGGCAGUUUUUCCAUGAUGUAAUGGUUAAAGUUGGUUUUGAUCUUCUGGGAAUGACCUGUGAACAUUUCAUUUCUCGUUGUUCACGUUAAACCCAGUCACUCGUGUGGUUUUCCUCUUCCUCAGCAGAGGAAGCUCUGAACAGGACUUCUCAUUCAGAUUCGAGUGAAGUGCAUUUACAGCGAGGUGUUGCAUCAUAGUAGAUAUAGUAUAUCUGUCAAAGGUUGCUCUUCACUGAAACUUGGCUUCAUUGAAUGUCAAAGAAUGCUUUAUUGUACAUAAUGUAUGUACAAGAUUAAAAGUCCUUCUUUAUUACAAUAA